CCGGGCUCUUCCGGGCAUGUUAACCACUCUCAAACCCAAAAAGGUAAACAGAGAGUUGUCAUUUUAUUAGCAGCUCUCAGUUAUGUGCUGCUCUGGUGCUCCACUGUUAAGUUAUAAAGCAUCAGAUGAGUGCUGUUGUCGGUCAAGUCCUACAUGCUAAUGUGCGAUGCUAACUCGUUAGCUAACUUGUAAGCAGUCUGAAGUUGUGAAGGAGAGAUGACCAAAGCGAGGUGAAGAGAUGGGCUCUAUUCGCUGGGCUUUUCUCUGUGGGUCCUGGAGACCCAGCAGGUCUGAGUGGAUAUUAGCUAACCGCUGCAUCCAGCGGGAGGAAAGAGACAGGAUCAGACAGUUCGUGUUUGCAAAGGAUGCAAAGUCAGCCAUGGCUGGCAGGUUGCUGCUGAGGAGAUUUGUGUGUGAGAGGAUGGGGAUCCCGUGGUCAGAGAUCAGAUUGGAGCGAUCUCCCAGGGGGAAACCUUACCUGGCAGCUCCACUAAAGGUCAGAUCAGAUUCAGGCACUGAACCCCCGUCCUGGAGUUUCAAUCUGUCCCACCAGGGGGACUACGCUGUGCUCGCUGCAGAGCAGGGGGGGCAGGUGGGAGUGGAUAUCAUGAAGAACACCAUGCCAGGUACCAGCUCUGUACCGGAGUUUUUCCGCAUCAUGACUCGUCAGUUUACAGCGUACGAGUGGAGCGUCAUCCAAUCAGCCGGCUCGGAGCACCUGCAGCUAGCCGCGUUCUACCGCCACUGGGCCUUGAAGGAGAGCUUCAUCAAAGCCAUUGGCACGGGUCUGGGCUUUAACCUGCAGAGGGUGGAGUUUCACCUGGCCCCUGAACCGCUCACACAGAAGCAUGUACUGCGCCAGACCAAGAUGCACCUCGAUGAGGAAGAAGAAGAGGACUGGAUAUUUGAAUCUCGUUUUCUCUCUCCGCCUUAUUCUCCCCCCUGUAUUUGUCCUCUCUAUUCCCCCUCACAUCGUCCUCCUCUUUCCUUCAUGGCCACUGGAAGAUGGAUUGACAAGUGACUGCUAAAAGGUUACCACUGGUCUGAAAAUCCUAAUGUCCCGUCUCCUCGCCUCUCUCCAUCCCUCUCGAGGUCGCCGAGGCUUAAUGCUGUUUUAGUGUCUGUGUUUUCACACUGGGGAAUAACAGCUCACUUGUAUUGAUCGCAGGUAGAUGGCAAUGCAUGUGUCCUCUUUGUAACUAGAGUGUAGGGCAAAGUGAGGCAACAGCAGCAUACAGGAUGAAGAGGAGCGAGUUGAAGCAAGAAUCAGUGAAGCAUAAACUGAAAAUGGGAUGCUCCCGCUAAAUCUCCCCUGCACUGCCUCAUUUUACAGCUGUUUGAUUCCAUAUUUAUAUAGUAUUAAUUUGUGUAAGUUUGUCAGGUAUUUGAACAGAAAACAUUACAGUGUCAUUUUAAAACAAAUAUAAAUAAGGGCUAAUUUGCCAAAUUAAUCUUAAAAAGUUAAUUCAUUAUUUUUUUGUUGACAGAAAAUGAACCUGCAGCUAUUUUGAUAAUCAAAUCCGUCAUACAAGCAGAAAUGCCAAACAUUUGAUGGUACCAGGAUCCUAAUAUAUGAACAUUUCCUCCUUUUUCUGCACUGUAUAUCAUUGCAAAUUGCGUACCUUAAAGUUUUGAACUGUUCAACAUUUUAUAGACAAAAUUAUUAAUCAAUGAAUCUAGAAAAUAAUCAGCACACAAUUAAUUAAUAUCAGCCCUAAUACCAUGGUAUUCGAGCUUACUAUUUUCUCCUAUCAUCUAUAGAAUAACUAAAUUUGAUUGGCAAUGAGAACAGUUCUUUAAAUUAUUCCAACUAAACAACAAGAUUAUUUUAUAUAUAUUACAAUCAAUACAAUACAUUUAACAUUAAAAUGAAGGGUUAAUAGAUUCUAACACUAUGUUAAGCAGGUGUUGUAAAUCAUUUACAUCAGAUGUUUAAUCCUGUGAAGUGCUAUUAAAUAUUACAUUGUUUAGAGCGCACACACACUACAGAGAAGCUGUUCCUCUCUCUGUGCUUGCCCAAUGACAGAGACACGCAUCUUAUAUGUAAUCAGGGAAUGAUUGCAGUGUUCUUGAGAGGUUAAAUCAUCUCAAAUUUAA